AGGUCUGUGGUUUUCCUCCUUAAAGGACACAAUGUUUUCUAAACUAGCACAUUUUCAGGCCAUUGUGGUGCUUCGUCGUGGAGUUCAUUCUUCUUUGGCUUCUGCUGCAUCUGUUACAACUAAAAGAACAGUCCAAGGCCCUCUAUCUUCUGAUUACAUUUUUGAACGGGAAUCUAAAUAUGGUGCACACAAUUACCAUCCUUUACCUGUAGCCCUGGAGAGAGGGAAAGGUGUUUACGUAUGGGAUGUAGAAGGCAGAAGAUAUUUUGACUUCCUGAGUGCGUAUGGUGCUGUUAACCAAGGGCAUUGUCACCCUAAGAUUGUGAAUGCCCUGAAGAGUCAGGUGGACAAAUUGACUUUAACAUCUAGGGCUUUCUAUAAUAACGUACUUGGUGAAUAUGAGGAGUAUGUUACUAAACUCUUCAACUACCACAAAGUUCUUCCUAUGAAUACAGGAGUGGAGGCUGGAGAGACUGCCUGCAAACUUGCUCGUAAAUGGGCCUAUACUGUGAAGGGUAUUCAGAAAUACAAAGCAAAGAUUGUUUUUGUAGUUGGAAACUUUUGGGGUAGAACGUUGGCUGCUAUCUCCAGUUCCACAGACCCAACCAGUUAUGAUGGUUUUGGACCGUUUAUGCCAGGUUUUGAAGUCAUCCCAUAUAAUGAUCUGCCUGCACUUGAGCGUGCUCUUCAGGAUCCAAAUGUUGCUGCAUUCAUGGUAGAAGCAGUUCAGGGUGAAGCAGGUGUUGUUGUUCCGGAUCCAGGUUACCUAACUGGAGUACGAGAACUCUGCACCAGGCACCAGGUUCUGUUUAUUGCUGAUGAAGUACAGACAGGAUUGGCCAGAACUGGUAGAUGGCUGGCUGUAGAUCAUGAAAACGUCAGACCUGAUAUAGUCCUUCUUGGAAAGGCCCUUUCUGGUGGCUUAUACCCUGUGUCUGCAGUGUUGUGUGAUGAUGAAAUAAUGCUGACCAUCAAACCGGGGGAGCACGGGUCAACGUAUAGUGGCAAUCCACUAGGCUGCCAAGUGGCCAUUGCAGCCCUGGAGGUUUUGGAAGAAGAAAACCUGGCUGAAAAUGCAGACAGAAUGGGUACUAUCUUGAGAAAAGAACUCAUGAAGCUACCUUCUGAUAUCGUAACUGCCGUAAGAGGAAAAGGAUUAUUAAAUGCUAUUGUUAUUAGAGAAACCAAAGAUUAUGAUGCUUGGAAGGUGUGUCUGCGACUUCGAGAUAACGGACUUCUGGCCAAGCCAACUCAUGGCGACAUCAUCAGACUUGCACCUCCGCUCGUGAUCAAGGAGGAUGAGAUUCGGGAGUCCGUGGAAAUCAUUAUCAAGACCAUCUUGUCUUUCUGAGGGCAGUAACUGUUUUCGUUGGCUGUUGGGAGCCUGCUGCAGGCAGGUGGUCCUGUAAAAGCUCUGCUUUUAAAGCAGGCACGUUCUACUCCCAUGUGUCCUCAAAGACAUUUUUUGGAAUACUUUUUUUCAGUUGAUACAUAAUACGAUGACUAUCGUGAACCUGCAGUUUGCUGUGUAAUGAAACUUAGAGAAUGCAGUGGCAUCUGUAUGUGGUUAAGUGUUUUUGAGAGUGUGUGUGUGCUUUCUAAGUAAAACGCAUCUGUCUGUAUAUGGGCAGCCUUUCAAUCAAGUUCUUCAGUAUAAUUUAUGUACAUUUUCAUAAUUUCCUUGCAGGUAGAAAUGUUUUAUAUUUGAAAAAGUUAUUUCUAGGGUAUUACUGAAAGACUUGCUUAAUGUUAUAAAGUUGAAUCAUAGGCAUUGAAUUUUAGGAAGAAUUAAUGGUUAAGCAUAUGU